AUGGCAAAAACCGCUUGUAGUGAACCUGAUGAGAGGAGGGAACCGUUAACUCUGGGUCGAGACACUCCAGUUUCUAAUGGUUAUGAAACGCGAACGUCUGAACAAGACGACACCGAAGUGUUCGAGCACAGCAGUUGGAAACCCCCACCACAGAUAGAUACCUUUCUGAAUCUUAUCCUGUCGGGACCGGGUGUCGUACGAUUUCUUACCGACAUGAUAGCGUUUCGUACUUUGUACGGGGAACUUCUGGAAUGGCAUACCCGUCUUCCCUCAGAUGGUGAUAAGACAAGUAGAAAUGGCUGUCGAAGAGAUACCCUUGCGAGCUCGGACGUGAGUUAUAGAGCUCUGCUCUGCGUGAGCUCUGUUGCUCGUGCUGCUCCACCUUGGCGUACCAGCUCAAGGGUUGCUGGAGACGGGCGUAUCUCGUGGAUCACGUCGACAAGGCGAACAUCCGGAAAUGAAAUUCAAAAUCAAAUUUCCCGGACGGAUCUGAAACCAACAUUCAUUGGCACCCACUUUAUUGGAAAUACCACAUAUUCGUCUACAUUGGUGAUUAUGUAA